AUGUCUGCCGACAAGGAGAUCUACAAGCUCGAGCUGCUUUCGCUCGUCGCAAAGGUCUCCCAGGAACUCUACAACCAUACAAAACUUCAAGACAAGAAACUUGCAGAGUUUGUUAUCUCGCUCCACGAGCAGAGCAAGACCCCGGACGCGUUCUCCAAAAAGCUCGUCGAGAUUGGGGCCGACUUUCCUGAGUGGUUCGUCAAGAAUCUGGACCGCCUCAUCGUCACCUUGCACCCCAAGUACAAACGCAAAGCCGCAAAGGCGAAAGCAGCUGCCCAGUCGGGACAGAAAUCAAGCAAAUCAACAACCAUAAUGGACGAACAAAAACAGCUGCAAGCGAGGAAAUAUCCCGGCCUAGCCAUGCCCGACCGAGAAGCAGAGAAAUUUGUUGACGAUACGCCAGACACGAAUGUCUCGUCCAAAACGCUCCCCGAUUCCGUGGGCGUGGAUGAUACUCUGGCGCAACUGUCUUCUUUGUCAUCACGGCGUGCUAGGCCCUCGGCAGACGAUUAUAUGGAGGGAGAGCCUUCUGCCAAAAGGUCUCGCGGCGACACAACCGGUCGAGACAAUGGGUAUGGUGGCUACGGUCGGAAUCACGGCGAUGGUCGCGACAAUGGCUAUGGCUCCCGCUCCGGCGGUUACUCGGGGACAUCAUACGGAGAUCGCGGAAGAAGCGGCCGAUCGGCAUUAGACCAGAAACCUCUCCUGUACAAAAUCUACGAUGGCACCGUGACCAAUAUCAAAGACUUUGGCGCGUUUGUCACUUUGGAUGGCGUGCAAAGGAACACAGAUGGUAUGGUCCAUGUUAGUAGCAUCACCAGUGGGCGUGUCAACAACCCAGCAGAGUUUUUGAAGCGCAAUCAAAGGGUCAAAGUCAAGGUCAUGUCUGUCAGCCCCAAAGUUGGUCUGAGCAUGAAAGACGUUGACCAGAUGACUGGUGCCGAUCUGUCUCCUCACCUCAUGGUAAUGACGGCAGAAGAGGCUGCCCAAGAGCAGCGCGAUCUUCAGGCUCGCGCUGCUGCCAGCGGGAGCAACAGUAUGCCUCUCUUGGGCGUCCCUGAUCUGAAAGUUUCCAGAGCAAAGCGACUGUCAAGUCCAGAGCGCUUUGAAAUCAAGCAGCUCAUUGCUAGUGGGGCCGUCUCUGCUGCAGACUAUCCUGAUCUCGAUGAUGACUUCAAUACCGAAUCCAACAACCCCGAGAUCGAAGAAGAUAUAGAUGUUGAAGUCAACGAAGUGGAACCUGCUUUCUUGGCCGGCCAAACCAAGGUCACUCUUGAACUUUCACCCGUCAAAAUUAUCAAGGCUCCUGACGGGAUGCUCAAUAGAGCUGCUCUCGCUGGCGGUACUUUGGCCAAGGAACGACGUGAUCUCAAACGUCUGGAAGCCAACGAAGAAGCCGAUGCGGAAAGUCGUGAUGUCAACCAACCAUGGCUCGAUCCUAUGGCCAACCAAAACGAACGUCAAUUCGCCACCGAUAUCAAGGGGAGUCUUAUGGGCCAGAAAGCAACACAGACGCCGGCUUGGAAAGCCGCGAAUAAAGUGGUAUCUUAUGGGAAAAUAACUUCAAUGAGCAUUCAAGAGCAAAGAAAGAGUCUUCCGAUCUACAAGCUCAGGGACCAGCUGGUAUCCGCCAUUCGUGACAACCAAAUUCUUGUUGUUGUUGGAGACACCGGUUCCGGCAAAACCACACAAAUGGCUCAGUAUCUCGCCGAAGAGGGAUUUCUCGAGCGAGGCAAGCUCGGGUGUACCCAGCCUCGUAAGGUGGCUGCUGUUUCUGUCGCAAAACGAGUGUCGGAGGAGGUGGGAUGUCGCUUGGGUGCGGAAGUUGGUUAUACCAUUCGAUUUGAAGACAUGACCAGUCCGGAGACCAAGAUCAAAUAUAUGACAGACGGCAUGCUGCUGCGUGAACUUUUGGUGGAUCCGGACUGUUCCAAGUACUCGGUUCUCAUGCUUGACGAGGCACAUGAGCGUACGAUUGCCACAGAUGUUCUAUUUGGUCUCUUGAAGAAGGCCUGUAAGCGCCGUCCGGACUUGAAGCUCAUCUGUACCUCCGCGACACUCGAUGCUGCCAAAUUCGCCGAAUACUUCUGGGGCUGCCCAAUUUUCACCAUCCCUGGUCGAACAUACCCGGUUGAAACCUUGUACACCAAGGAGCCCGAGCCUGACUAUCUCGAAGCUUCCCUCAUCACAAUCCUGCAAAUACAUCUCAUGGAGCCUGCUGGCGACGUACUCUUGUUCUUAACCGGUCAAGAAGAGAUUGACACUGCAUGUGAAGUCUUGUAUGAGCGUGUGAAAGCUCUGGGACCCCAAGUCCCGGAGUUGAUCAUCCUUCCUGUCUACGCCGCUCUGCCCUCGGAAAUGCAAUCAAGAAUCUUUGAGCCUGCGCCCCCAGGAGCUCGAAAAAUUGUGAUUGCUACCAAUAUUGCGGAAACCAGUAUCACCAUCGACGGUAUAUACUAUGUCAUCGAUCCCGGGUUUGCCAAGCAGAACGCAUACGAUCCCAAGCUUGGUAUGGACUCUCUUAUUGUCACUCCUAUCUCACAAGCUCAAGCACGACAAAGAGCAGGGCGAGCCGGCCGCACAGGCCCCGGCAAAUGCUAUAGGCUCUAUACCGAAAUCGCAUACCGCAACGAAAUGCUUCCCAAUCCAAUUCCUGAAAUCCAGCGAACAAAUUUGGCAUCCACCAUCUUGACGUUGAAGGCCAUGGGUAUCAAUGACCUCAUCAACUUUGACUUCAUGGACCCACCACCGGCGGCUACCAUGUUGACAGCCCUCGAGCAACUGUACGCGCUUGGAGCACUUGAUGAUGAGGGCCUCUUGACUAGAAUUGGUCGAAAGAUGGCUGACUUCCCGUUGGAUCCGCCGUUGUCAAAGAUGCUUAUCAUGUCGGUGGAUUAUGGGUGUUCAGAAGAGGCUUUGACGAUUGUUGCUAUGCUUCAAGCAGGAGGUCAGGUAUAUUAUCGACCCAAGGACAAGCAAUCGCAAGCAGAUGCAAAAAAGGCUAAAUUCCAUCAACCUGAAGGAGACUUGUUGACAUUAUUGGCUGUCUACAAUGGUUGGAGGGAUUCGAAAUUCAGUAACCCAUGGUGUUUUGAAAACUUUAUCCAGACACGUGCCAUGAAGACUGCUCAAGAUGUCCGGAAACAGCUCAUUGGUAUCAUGGACCGUUACAAACAUGAUCUUGUAUCUUGCCGAAGUAAUUUCAACCAGGUGCGAAUGGCUAUCUGUUCUGGCUUUUUCCGUAAUGCUGCAAAAAAAGACCCAACAGAAGGGUAUAAAACGUUAGUUGAAGGGACACCAGUCAGCAUCCACCCUUCCAGUGCUCUGUUUCAACGACCGCCGGAAUGGUGUGUGUAUUAUGAACUUGUGUUGACAGCCAAGGAAUACAUGCACCAGGUCACUGUGAUCGAACCGAAGUGGCUUUCGGAGGUGGCGCCAACUUUCUUCCGCAUUGCCGAUCAAAACAAGAUCAGCAAACGCAAGGCAUUGGAGAAGAUUGAGCCCUUAUUCGAUCGGUUCGCAGCAGACAAGGAUGAUUGGCGUCUAAGCAAGCAGAAGAAGCUCGGCCGGUCCUCACAAACGUUUGGUUGA